AGUGUUUCUUUUUCUUUUCAUUCCAUUUUGGCAUAUUUAAUAACAGUGAGGGAGUGGGAACUGAGACACCACACAAAUAGAAUCCCUUCUCAAACAAGACACGUAGGUUUGUCACUUACCAUACAAAAGAAACUCUGUGGGCGACGUGUAAACUGAUUUCCCACCCACUCCCUUUCCUUUAUUCCCCACACAACACCCACCCUUUCUCCAAUUGCAUGAAAACCCUUCAAUGGCUCACCGAUCCUCUGCUGAAUCUCAUCACCAGAUUCCUUCAAACCCAUUGGACCUUAACACAACUCAAGAUAUCAUCAACAACAUGGAGGAACAGAAGCAACAGCAACAGCAAAACCCCUUAUUCUCCUUGAGUGAAGUUAGCCACGAUGGUAUUGAUAGAGAUAAGGGUGUGACCGAGGAAGACCCAUCUGCUUCAAAAUCCAUUCUUUGUGAGGAGGAGAAAAUGGCAUUGCAAGAGGGUUUAGAAGAGGAUAGUGGACGCGAGAGGCUGAAGCGGCAUAGAGUUGAAGUGGCUGGGAGGGUUUGGAUUCCUGAUAUGUGGGGUCAGGAGGAGCUGUUGAAGGAUUGGAUAGAUUGCGCAGCUUUUGAUGCCCCUUUGGUUACAACCAGAAUCUCCACUGCACGAGAGGCUUUGGUUGAAGAGUGUACAAGAGCAAAUGCUGCUGGACUAAGAAUAGAGAACAGGGACUUGGCUUUCAAUGAUUUAUCUCUUAAUAACAACAGCACAGCUGUAGAGGUUCAAAACACCCCAACGUUCUCAGACACCGAGAAGAGCAUCUAAACAAAAGGAUCCGAUGCAAGUACGAAAAUAUACAUUGAAAUUGAGAAGGGAGAUUAUUAUAUUAAGAAAAAAUGGAAACCAGCUGCUCCAGCUCGUCAGUAAACUCAAACAGUAUGCAAGAACAUCAUGCUAAUCUCUUCAAAAUAAAACAUUGUUCAAAUAAAAACUAGAUCCAGAUAAAUACAGUUGCAAAUACAGUUAAUAUUAUCACUGAGUGACUGAGCGUUGUCUGCAUUUAUGUUGUAAAUAAAGAAACAUUUGGCAUUGGUUUGUCAUGUCUUUUGCUACUCUUGUCCUUGUUAGCAAGUACAAACAAAUCAAGAAAUUCCAGGCUAAUGAUA